UCCCAGCAGUCCCGCGCUUGCUCCUCGCCCAUCCCAGCUGCCUCGCAUGGGCAGGAGGGAUCAAAACCAUCUUCAUUUCUCCCAGCUCUGCCACUGCCAGCACUCCGUGGGUGGUUGGCCGUGCACCUACAGGCUGGCUUACCAGGAAGGAGAGGGCGAAGAGCAGCUCUCAGGGGAUUUAUUAAAAUUGCAGGUGCGGCAGGAGCCCUUCCCUGGGGCCAUCUCGCCAUGCAGCCAGCAACGAUGUCCUGCAGUAACCUGGCACCCCGCAGAAGGACCUGCCUGCCUUAGCCAGCCCAUUGUCCCAGGCAUUCUUCUGGCGAUGGCCUCAUUGUCCCAGUGAGCAGCAGAAGGACAAGGACAAGGACUGAGUCCCCCCAGGAGAGCCAUGGAGGCCCCCUUGGACGUGCCCGUAGGGAACCUCAUUGAUUUUGAUGCUGAAACACCCACCUGCAUCCCCUCGGAGCCCUCCCCUCCCGCUGCUCCCAGCGGCAACGGGCGCCUGGGGGAUGAGGGGGACGCAGCUGGGGAGGAGAGCGAUGCCACCGAGUCAGCGGACAGCGAGAACGACAUGGGUGACUCUCCCAGGCUCUGGGGUGGCUACCACCGCUCCUCCUCCAACGAGUCCUUCUCCUCCAGCCAGAGCACCGAGUCGGCCCGGGACGAGGCGACGGCCGAGCGCCGGGAGUUCAUGCGGCACUACGUGGAGAAGAUCUUCACCGGGGGAGAGGAUUUGGACCAAGAAGAGAAGGCCAGGUUUGGUGAGCUCUGCAGCGGCGAGGAUGGGAAGGGCAGGGAGUGGUUUGCGAGAUAUGUGAGCGCCCAGCGCUGCAACUCCAAGUGCGUCUCGGAGCAGACCUUCUACCGCCUGAUGCAGUCAUUCGCCCUCGUGCUGUUUGAGUGUCACCAGAUGGAUGACUUCAGCCCUGCCAAGAACCUCAUGACCAUGUGUUUCACCUACUACUACGUGGGCAAGACCCACGCGCUGCCCUUGGAGGCCAAGGAGAAGCCCAUGGGCAGCAUCGACUCGUACCUGAAGUCGGCAAACAGCUGGCUGGCGGAGAAGAAGGACAUCGCAGAGCGGCUGCUGAAAAACACGUCAGCCAAGACAGAGAAUGUUAAAGGCUUCUUCGGGGGCCUGGAGACCAAACUGAAGGGUCCUACCACCAAAAAGAAUGACGAAGGUGAGGACAAACCAAAGGAGAAGCUGAAGAAGACGGUUUCUGUGCAGAGCCCAGAGGAGGAGAAGAAAGGGGAGAAGAUCUACCUGUACAUGCACCUCAAGCAGCAGCCGAUCUGGCACAACCUGCGGUUUUGGAAUGCUGCCUUCUUCGACGCCGUGCACUGUGAGCGAAGGAAGAGGUCCCCCACCACCAGAGGGGACGCUGGGGAGGAAGAGGAGAAGAGGGAGAAGUGGUGCCACAUGACGCAGGAGGAGCGUGAUGACAGCCUCCGCUUCAAUGAGAACAUCACCUUCGGGCAGCUGGGCACCUUCAUUCACAACAUGCUGGCGUUCGGCCUGAACAAGAAGCUCUGCAGCGACUUCCUGAAGAAGCAGGCGACCAUCGGCAAUUUGGAUGAAGAGCAAUACAAGCUGCUCAGCGACCACAUCAAGCAGAUGGCCACCGAAUAACCGCCUGGCUGGCACGGCGGCGGAGAGACGGUGGCCAGAGUGGGUGGGGAGGGGAGAGAAACCCAACUCUGGGGCUACCUGAAGCCGAAGCUGGGCUACCUAAAAAAAAAUCAAACACACAAGCUGCAAUAAAACCUGCAUGAUCCAAACUUUAGAGCUGCACCAGGACAGCUGGUAGAAAUAGAAGCCAAACAGUCCCCCUCCUUCCCUCGCCAGACCCUCCCAGAUCUAUUUUCGGAGUAGACAGUCCCAAAAGUGUAUUUUGUUAGUUAAAAAAAAAAAAAAAAAGACAAAACCAAAAUAACAAAAAACAAAGAGAAAAGCAAAAAGAGAGUGACUGCUGCAUCCCCCCGUGUGUCUAUGGGAGCUGGACCGCCGUGUCUCCAGCCCUGCCGUGAAACACUGCCUGUCGUCUCCGGUGUUUCACAACACAACGGCAGCGAGUGCAGCGCUGCCAAAUGCGUUUGCUGCUUGAUGCCCUUCCGAGGCUGCCGUGGAUGGUGGUAAAUCCGGAGGAAUCCAAGGCUGUGAGUGUCCUGCUGCCUUUCCCUGCUGGCAUCUGCUUGGCGAGCACAACAGAGGCUGGAUCUGGACCAGGGAUACAGGAGGUGAGGGCAGGGGCCGCAUCCAGCCGCCGGGGGAAGCCACUGUUGGGGGGGAGCAGCCGACUCUGCCUCUGGUUUGACCCAUCUCCCUCCGUAGUGAGGCACCAGGCGUUCGUAGCAAGUGGGUUUGCUCUGGCAAGGCAGGAGCCAGCUGCUGAGGAUGGCGAUGCUUGGGAUAUGCAGCAGCCGACGGGAGGCUUGGGGUCAGUUUGGCAGUGGUGUAUCCAGAGGUGUCACCGCUGCCUGGGGACAUGGGCAGUGCAGGGGCUUGCUGGGAGCAGGGAUGGAGCUGGCAAAGUGCUGCUGCCUUCCUUGGUAUAAGGCUCCUUGGGAGGUGGGGGGAAAUCCUUCCCUUGGGAAACCUUCCCUGCACUGCCUGUGUGGUUUUAUACCUCUGGGCAGAGAGAAAACACAGUUUGCUCCACAUCGUUAGCCUGGAUCAGCAGGAAGAAAGCCAUGGCCUUGGGUGGGACUGCUGGGAGAGGAGGCAGAGGAGCACCACCUGAAAGCAGCUUGGGAGGAGGCAGCAAAGCAGCUGCAGGGCAAUUUCCCCCUGCACCCACUCCCUGCUGCAUCGUCAGCAUCGGGGCUGCUGUGGGCUUGUGGCCUUUCCUGAAGCCUCCUGGCUUCCUGCAGCAGCCAUGGUAUUGCAUUAAUCACCCUCCUACCCCAGGCUGCACCUCGCUGCCCUCUCCCUUGCCAGCCCCUUCGCUCCAGCUGAUCAUCAAUCAAACCUGAAAUAGCCCUGUCUUAAGUACAACUCCUGUUCCGCUCGAGUGAUGGCAGCUACCUGGUAUGCAGCGUAUCUGGUUUUUCCCCACAGACCUUGCAUGGCAUUUGCGGAGAAGCUGGGGACAUCCCUGCUCUGAUGGGACCCGGUCGGCUCUGUCCAUGGGGUCAGAAGACCCCAGCCCCUCCAGUCCAGCACUCGGUCUCACCCCAAAAACAUUGUCCUGGAACACGAGUCCAGGUUUCAAGGGACCAUCAGCCCGUUUUCCCCCGUGCUGUCAGCUCUAUCCCUUAAGAUAAAUAGCAUAGCAGCGGUUUUUCCAUGUAGCUCUUAGUUUCUGGUGUCAUUUCCUAGCAUCAAAAUGAUGCUUUUUCCCUAAGCUGGGCUUCCCUUGCUGCCUGCAUUUUGGAAGCUCUGGCUCCUGCCAGCACGGAGCUGGGACUCUGCUCUAUGCCGGGUGUCGGAGGAAGGAUCAGAUCCAGCACUGGCUUUCCCUUGGCCAUUCCCAAAUCUGGGCAGAAUUAGUGAAGAAAGGAUUUUGUCAGGGCCAGGGGCUGCCAGAGGGGACUAACGUGCACUUUGUGACAAACACUUUUCGGCUGGAAAGGCUGUGCUGGAGCACAAGCAUCAGGCAGCUCAGCACCGAGACCUGCAUCCUGGCGUAUCCCAUCCCCGUGGCAUCCCCACCUCUGUCCCCACUCGGGCCUUCCUGAAAUCCUGCUUUGUUUCUUUAUUAUUAUUUUUUUUCCAACAUGUAAAAAAGUUCAGCAGUAAAAUAUAUAUUAUUUGCAUGUGUAUUUUUCUAAAAAAAAACAAUAUUAAAAUAAAAUAAAAAAUAUCUGUAAACCCUUCCCAACUGGGACUGUGUGAAGGAUGGGGUGAGAAAGAGAGAUUGGAAUAAAUUGUCUUAAAAAUUA